AGCUACCAAGAACAAACCUACGUUUGCGCAGUCCCACUGGGCACUGACUCCCAGUGCCAUUCUACUUAUAAACAGUGAACAUCUUAUAAUGUGUGCAAACAAAGGAAUUUUUUUUUCGACAUUUUGUGACCGUAAACAGAUAAGAAAGUAAUUCGUUGUGCUCUGGUCACAUUCGACUACCAUCGUGCUCUUGAGGAACGAGAGCCUUUCUGCGUCGCAAUUGAGAGAUACAAAAUGUCUAACUUUAAAAACAGUAUACUUUUAAUAUUCUGUGGAAUAUGUUAUACAGUAGGGCUUUGCAAAACAACCUUGACAGGUCCAACAUUUAGUCAAACAUAUACAGUGAAAGGGACAUUAUAUAUACCAUAUGCAGAAAUUCGAGAGCCUUUUUAUGCAUGGUAUAAUGGCAAGAGUGGAUCUAGUAGGAUUGAUUAUUAUGGAGGGAUGGUUAAAACUUUUCAAUUGGCUCAUAAAGGAGAGAAUGGAGCCAGUAUAAAAUUAGCACCUGUUACCACAGAGACUGUUAGUAAUGAGGAAACAUGUCUUCAAGUGAAUGGUACUGAUGACUCCAAGAUACAACCACAGUCUAUUAUUCCAGAUGCCUUUGAAAUGGAGUGUAUUGGAGAAGAGAUGAUCAAUGGAUUAUUAUGUGAAAAAUGGCGACUUGUGCAAGAAAUUGGGGAAAAAACAAAUAAGUACACUCUGUGGAUACGUUAUAAGAAAUCACCAUAUCUACCAAAAGUCAAGGAGGCUAUUCCUGUGAGAUAUGAAAUGAGAGGAUUUAAUAGUCUUUUAGGUUCACAUUAUGAUCAUUAUUACUUGGAGUAUGAUUGGUACUCUUCUGACAAACCUGAUGAUGACAUCUUUAAAAUUGUAGAAGAUGCUAAUUGCGUCAGCUUCCCAGGUCCAGGAGAAAAUCACAUAUAUACCUUUAACCCAAUGCGUGAAUUUAUUUAUAAUUAUGAGGAUCAUUUGCAUCAAGCAUUUGAUAAAUUCAAAAAGACUCACAAUAAAAAUUACAAGGAUGAUCUUGAUUAUAUGUAUCGAAAAGAAUUAUUUAGACAAAAUAUAAGGUUUAUUCAUUCUACAAACCGUGCCAAUUUGGGUUAUCAGUUAGAUGUGAAUCAUUUAGUGGAUCGUAGCGAUCUUGAGUUGAAGGCUCUACGGGGCAAGCAAUACACCCCAGGUUACAAUGGUGGAGCACGAUUUCCACAUGAUAUUGAAAAAGAAAUUGCAGAUGUUCCUGACAGCAUAGAUUGGAGGUUAUAUGGUGCUGUAACGCCAGUAAAAGAUCAAUCUGUUUGUGGCUCUUGUUGGAGUUUUGGUACUACUGGCGCGGUAGAAGGUGCAUAUUAUAUGAAGUAUAACAAAUUAGUACGUCUGUCUCAACAGGCUCUCAUUGAUUGUUCAUGGGGAUUUGGUAAUAAUGGUUGUGAUGGUGGAGAAGAUUUCCGUUCAUAUCAAUGGAUAAUAAAACAUGGUGGUUUACCUACUGAAGAAGAUUAUGGUGGUUAUUUGGGACAGGAUGGAUACUGUCAUAUAAACAAUGUAACAUUAACAGCCAAGAUGACAGGUUUUGUUAAUGUCACUCCACGCAACGUUAAUGCUCUGAAAAUUGCUAUUGCUAAACAUGGUCCUAUUUCUGUUGCUAUUGAUGCUUCCCAUAAGACGUUCUCUUUUUAUUCUCAUGGAGUGUAUUAUGACCCAGCUUGUGGUAAUACUGAAGAUAAAUUAGAUCAUGCUGUUUUGGCUGUCGGAUAUGGUACUUUGAAUGGAAAAGGCUAUUGGCUUAUAAAAAAUUCUUGGUCGAAUUAUUGGGGCAAUGACGGAUAUAUUCUAAUGGCGCAGAAGGACGAUAAUUGUGGAGUUCUUCUUGCUCCUACAUAUGUUACUAUGUAAUUAUAGUUCUAUUUCCAAAAUUGGUCUUAUUUAAGCUCUCUAAUAUUUCCAAUGAAUGAAUACAUAUUCAAAUAAAACUUAAAAAAUUGAGAGGCUAUCCAAGAUAUACUCACAAGGAAACCUCUACAUUUAUGCCAAGUUUUAUUAAAAUCUGAAUUUUCGAGUUCGCGAGGUUCUCUUGUUAGAUGUUUAGCUGUACAUUUCAUAAUGAAUAAAUUGUAAUAAAAUGUUGAAUAUUAUAUUUAGUAUAGGCAAAUCUUAUUACCGAUAAUAAAGAAAAAUAAACUAUUUUGUAAUUAAAAAAAA